UGCAGGGUUGAUGCUCCAGCUUGCUGCACGCUGGACCGGAAGCUGUGGUGACCUGUGUCGCUGCAGUGUUGCGCUUUCAUGUUUACGGGCGGGAAGAGCGAACGAAGCUGAGAGUGGGAGCUGCUGCGUGGACGCGCUGCUUUUAACUCUUAGCGUUAAUGGUGCUCUGCGCACUUUAAUGAUUCCCGGAGGAUCGAGGCAUCUGGCGGAUACGUUUUAAGCGGUCGCUGAAAACAAACCUUAGGGACUGUUGUUGCUGGAGAGGUCGGGGCAGAUGGAGGACCCUCCUGCAGAUUCUGGCGGCGGCGGUGGCGACAGUGCGGUGGCGGAGGGCCCCGCGGUGCAGGUGGCGGACAUCUGCUGGCCGAGCGCGGCUCUCCCGCUGCGGCUGCUGGAGUGGAAGGUCAAACCCGGGUCUCUCAUCAACGUGGACUCCGUGCUGGCUCUGUGCGCCCCCAUAGCCCCGGAGAGGGCGACGGAGGCUGCCAGGCUGCCGGAGAAGAAGGUGAAAUCGGACCGUGCCGGAGUAGUGAAGGAGCUGUGCUGUCAACUUGGACAAGUCAUCCCCCCCGGGGGUGUCAUUGUCAGAAUAGAAGAAUGCAGCCACCCGAUAGUGAUGAAGGGUUUAUGUGCUGAAUGUGGCCAGGACCUGACACAGCUGCAGGGCACGAAUGGGAACCAACAAACUCCCAUCUCCACAGCAACAGUCUCCAUGGUGCACAGUGUUCCCGAGCUGAUGGUCAGUGCAGAGCAAGCAGAGCAGCUGGGCAGAGAAGACCAGCAGAGACUCCAUCGGAGCAAAAAGCUGGUCCUGAUGGUGGAUCUGGACCAGACCCUGAUCCACACCACUGAACAGCACUGCCAGCGUAUGUCCAACAAGGGCAUUUUCCACUUCCAACUUGGGCGAGGAGAGCCCAUGCUCCACACACGACUACGCCCACAUUGCAUAGAGUUCCUGGCGAAAAUUGCCAAACUCUACGAGUUGCACGUCUUCACAUUCGGGAGUCGCCUUUAUGCACACACCAUUGCCGGCUUUCUGGACCCUAAAAAGAAUUUUUUCUCUCAUCGGAUCCUUUCUAGAGACGAAUGCAUCGAUCCUUUCUCCAAGACGGGGAAUCUUAGGAACCUUUUCCCAUGUGGGGAUUCGAUGGUCAGCAUAAUCGAUGACCGAGAGGACGUGUGGAAGUUUGCACCAAACCUCAUCACUGUGAAGAAAUACAUCUACUUCCAAGGCACAGGGGAUAUUAACGCUCCCCCCGGAUCACGGGAAUCUCAGAUGGCCAAGAAAGGAGGUCCCUCAAGUCGACCAGCAGAGAGCACAGAAUCAGCAGGGAUGCCUGGCACAGAAGAGCAUAAUAAUGGCCUCAGGAAAAGGUCUAAGGACCACAAUCUGUCUGGAAAGGAUGAGCCCACAACAUCUCAGUCUUCUCAGGGAGUACCAACAAAUGCACGGACUCACCCUACAGGGGGUGUGGAGGAUGAAUCAGGACAAAGUAAAGAGUCAGUGACUGAGGCGCUGCCUGAGGCCGGGUCGAGAGAAGCUCAGGAGGCAGAUAGAACAAAUAUAAAGGAAGAUGAUAGCAAGAGGACACAAGAGGCACAGGAAGGUGCAAACUCAUCAGCACCCAGCCAUGAGUCCAACAACUUGGACUUUGACCUGUCAAGUGACAGUGACAAUGACUCUAUUACAGACAAGCCUCCCUCAUCUGAUAGUGAUAGUGAAGGGAAGUCUAGCCAAACAAAAAAGAAACCCGCACAGGAAGGUGUUACACAAGAGCCCAGUGAUGGGGAAGGGGCAAAGGUAGACAGUAAAGGUCAGGGAGAAGUAGACAACAGUUCAGAUGGAGCAGAAUCUUCAGGAGUUCUUCUCCCAGACCCAGAGCUCGGGAAUGGCUGCUCAGAUAGGAGAGAGCCAGAAACAGAGUCCCAGAAUAGUGAACAGUCUGGGGUCACUACGGGGGAGGAACUGCUGGACCAGAGUAUGGAGGACGAGGAGGAAGAGGAAGUAGAUACUGACCAGGAUGAUCACCUGAUCUACCUGGAGGAAGUGCUAGAAAAGGUUCAUGCUGAGUACUAUGGCCGCUACGAGGCGUUCCUGAGGAAGGACAUCUCCGAAACGCCGGACAUCCGCAAGAUUGUCCCAGAGCUGAAAGGAAAAACACUGGAGGGCACGAUGAUAGUGUUCAGUGGUCUGUAUCCGACCAACUACCCCAUGGAGAGAACUCGUGAGUUCUACCAUGCCAAGGCCCUGGGGGCCCAAAUUGGCAAGAAUCUGGUUCUCAACUCCCAAGAUCCCAGUCGGACAACACAUCUCAUUGCAGCUAGAGCUGGCACAGAGAAGGUUCGUCGGGCACAGGGAUGCAACCACCUCCAUGUUGUCAAUCCCGACUGGCUGUGGAGCUGUCUGGAGCGCUGGGAGAGGGUGGAGGAGCAGCUGUACCCACUAAAGGAAGACUACUCCAAGAUGCCGAGGAGCAACAGUCCAGCAGCCUUUCCUGAUAAUCAGGGCAUCCUGCAGAACCCUCUUUUCCAGCCAGCUCCCAUCCACCACAGGCCUCCACCUCCAGAGCUAGAGGUCCGGAUCUACGACCCGGUCACGGGGAAGCUGAUCCGCAGGGGCCCUCAGGUGUCACAGCCACUACCCUACCUCCAGGCGUCAGGGUCAAUGUUGCUCUCUGAUCACCAACAGUCUUGUCUCAGGGGAAAUUCAAAGGAUCAGCAGGAUGACGCAGCAGGGCCCAGCCAAGACGACGAGCAGCCGGGGCCGUCUCGUAGGAAACGACAGCCAAGCAUGUCAGAAACUAUGCCUCUAUACACACUUUGCAAGGAGGAUCUAGAGAGCAUGGAUAAAGAGGUGGACGACAUCUUAGGUGAGGAGAGCGACAACGAGAGUGAUGGCCGGGGGAAGGAGAAGCCAGGUAAUGAGGAGGUGGAGGAUGAAGAAGAGGAGCAGCAGCAGCAGCAGCAGCAACAGCAGCAGCAGCAGCCGCAGCCGCCAGGUGCUGGACAGAUAGAAGGAGAUGGCCUUGAUGCUCAGGUGGUGACCCUGGAAGACAGACUUCAGACGCCGUUCAGUGAAGCCGGUCUGCUGGGUGGUGUGCCAAGGGGCCAGAAACGUAAGCACGAUGAAGGCAAGGAAGUGGAGGAGAGUAAGCAAUUUGCUGACGAGUCCUCCAAAGACUCCAACGAGGAAGAGGAAGGCAGCAGCUCUGAGGCAGAUGAGAUGGCCGCCGCACUGGAGGCGGAGCUCAAUGACUUUAUGUGACCGGGAACCUGAACGAACAAAAAAAAAAAAUACAACCCCAGUCCUCCCUAUGAGUGGUACCUAAAACUUUAUUUUUCUGCUUUGGAUUCAUGUCCACUUAGGAUGUAUGAGCCAUGAUUGUGUGCUGUAAUGAAAAUGAAUGUCCUGUACAGAAAUGAAAUCUUGCUUUGUAAAUAAGUUAGAUAGUUGAUUUUCGUUUUUGUAGCAUUGAUAUACAGCCAUUUUGGCAUGAAAAACUUUGAUGUUAACAUUUUAUUGUAAGAUAACAAACUUUAGGAGACAUAGAAUUUGAUACUACUUCUGUUUUACCGUUUUCUAUUUCAAGUUUUUAUAUUGAUGAGAAAAAAGGUGAAAUGAGAUUAUGACUUGUACUUUGCUGGUUGUUCAUGCCAAAGAGUUUGGAAUCGAUUUGUCACGGCGUGCAGCUAAACGUUUUACAGUUGUAUUUUUCUUUUGUCCUCAACAGUUUGCUCGGGUCGUAAAUGCAACCAGCGGAUCCAGACAUGUGAAUGUGUUCUCUUCCUCCUCAGUGUACAUUUGUUGACAUGGUGAUAAAGGAACUUUCUCUUCUUGUCAUGACCAGACCUUUGAGAGAUUAUCACUGUAAAACCAAAUUCAGAUCAACGCCCAUUAUCAUACAGUUCAGACUGACUGAUGUUCCCACCAGGUCUCUGAUUAUUGUGAAAGGUUUUUAUGGAAAAGAUCGUCAUCAAAAAUAAAUAAAUUUUCUAAUCA